GAGACCUGGGGGAGGCCGGGGCCGGAGGAAGAGAGGACGGCACUCGGAGAGGUCUGAUUGCUGGAGAGAGACCGUCAAUCGUUUCUAGAAAGUCUCUGAGCGGAGGAGUCCCGGCUGCAGCCACCUCCGAGACGAGGGCUCCGUGCUCUGCCGCCAGCACAGGGGGGGCCCAGACACUUCAAUGGAGGAGCAGGCUGGCCCGCAGCACCACCACCACCCGGGCAGCCUGCAGCAUGGAGCAGAGGGCAGCGCCAAACACCAGCCAAAGCCGAUAAAACAUGACCAGAAACACGCCCUACCGCACCAGGAAACGCACCAGAAGAAAACAGUACAUGGAGAGCUAAAUGGUACCACAGGAGACCGCAAGACCCUGGGCUCUGAAAAAUCUGCAAGCCAGACUGCCUCCAGAAUUGCCAACGGUAGCCAGCAAGCCCCUGCCGACAUCAACACCCAUUCUAAGCACCUAGCCAAGACUAUUAACUUUGGAAAGGCGAACAACAAACCCAAAACUUUGCUUCAUAAAAACAGUAUGGACAAAAGGAAUGAUAAAUCUUAUGAAAGCAAACCUAAAGAUCUCAAGUGCACAGACAAGGGGGAGAGUGGACCCGUUCAGAAUGGUUUGCUGUCGAACAGCUCUGGUUUUAUGACUAACGGCUACGUAAGCAAGGGUGCAGAGAACGAUGGCAGCGGUUCAGAGAGUGGAUAUGCCCCGGCCAACAAACGGAAAGCCAAGUUCACCAAUGCCAAGCCUGCUGAGAGCGCCAGCUUUUUGAUUGGCAAAAUGUCAGACUCUGAAACAAAGCUGGAUUCUGAAAACUUGAAGCCAGAUUUGUUUGCAGAUCAGAAAGGGGCGACCCGGGCAGAUAAUGGUAAAGCAACUUGGAAAAGUGACCCUUCAGGAACCAUUCGAGUGAGAGCAAACCCUGGUGACAUUCAGAGGAAAAACUCUGAUGCCAAACCUGCUGUAGGAAAGAAGUUUGAUGACCGGCCGAAGGGGAAAGCUUCUCCAGUUAGCUCCACUAAGGAGGACUCGUGGACUUUGUUUAAACCUCCUCCUGUUUUCCCAGUUGACAACAGUAGUGCUAAAAUAGUUCCCAAAAUUAGUUAUGCAAGUAAAGUCAAAGAGAACCUCAAUAAAGCAACCCAGAACAACGCAACUUCUCCCUCUUCCCUUUCCUUCUCCGCUCAACCAGGGGAGGCUACAUCAUCAAACUGUGUGUCCCAGGUCCCCAUGUCUGCCAUGAAGUCUGUGUCUACCAUAAAUUUUGCCAAUGGACCCCUUCUAAUUGGAGCUGACGGGGGUUUUAUGGCCACUGCUGCUAGUACUGUUUCACACGCACUGCCUGGGGGAGCAGAGCCUUUGCCCACAGAACCCUCUUCUACCCCUUCAAACCCCUCUGAUCAAAAGAAACCUGGCCUUUUUACUUACCCUUCUAAUAUGCAACAUGCCCUGCCGGACGCUUUGCAGGGAGACCAGUCUGGACAGUCAAGUCAGCAAAGCUUGGGAGAAAUUUUUCAGAACCAAUGGGGCUUGUCUUUUAUAAAUGAACCAAGUGCUGGCCCUGAGGCUGGAGCAGAUAAGCCAGACAUUGGGCAGGUGAUCUGGGAGCACCCAACAUCCCCUGUUUCACAGGGUAUUGAAACUGUACCCUCAGGAAAUGAGCGCCCUGUUUUUCCCAAGGCCUAUGAGCUGGAGAAACGGACUAGCCCUCAAGUUCCAGACGGUGCCACACUAAAAGCAGCUCUUGGUUCUGGGGGAGAUGGGGGUGCAUCAUCCUUAGAGACUCUGCUGAGAGGGGAGCUGCAAAAGCCGGAAGCUGCUAGCCAGGGUUUAUUAGUGUUUCAGGCCAAGGUCUGUGAAAACGAAGAAAUUCCUCAGACCUCUCUGAAAAACACUUUACAGGCCUCCGCCAAAGACAAGAGGUACCACGGAGAUCUUGGUUGCAAAGAUAGCUGGGGUUCUUUUGACCUGAGCGCUGCUAUAAUCUAUCACACUAAAGAAAUGGAAUCUAUUUUGAACUUGCAAAAACAAGAUCCCAGUAGGAUAAUCUCUUACAAUGAAGCCAUGGACCGCCCUGAUCUCUGAGAUUGCUGCCAGAGGACUGCUGGCUUUUUCCUUUCCGAAGUCAUUUCAUCAGUGCAUGAGACAUUGUCUGGCUGUCAUGCGCCUUUGAAAAAAGAAGAAAAAAAAUAGAAAACCGUGCAAGAAACGGAGGAGAAAACGAGAACAUAACAGAAUCAAAUCCUCUGAUAUAUAAUUAUAUAAAUAUACAUAUACGUAUAUAUUUUGUUUGGAUAACUAUGUAUAGAAAAUUCUAUCUAUAAAUAUAUACAAAUAUAUAGUUAUUUAAACAAAUUUAAAAAUGAAAAUAUUAUGGAAACCAUGUUGAUCCAGUCAGGACCUAACCUUUCCCAGGAAAAGAAAGUUUAAUAACUGGUACUUUUUUUUUGGUUUAAAUUCCCAAUUUCUUUUUUUAUUUUUAUUUUUUUUUCUCCUUUUUGUCAUCGUCACAUAAGACUGAAGUGCUUGAGUAAAUUGAGUACAGAAUCCUCGGAGGCACGACCCUGCUACGUGACAUUGAAGAGACGUGCUUGCGUACUUACAUUGCCAACCACGAGAGAGCACAUUGUAUUAUUUUGGGGAUUGCCCAGCCCGUCCCAGUCUUACCUUGUAUUUUUAGUGUUUCACAUGGCUUCUGCAUACAACACUCAUCCCGGCUGAAACAAUGAACACAUUUUUAAGAAAUAACAGUUUAUAUCUUUUUUUUUUUUUUUUUUUUUUUAUGGCUUUUUUUCUGUUUUCUUUUGGGACUUACAAAGGAAAGACACACA